CCCUCGUCCCCCUAAGAUUAAUCAGCCUAUUGAUCCGUUCCCAGUGCAAAUGUUCCUGCCUAGCAAUUUGCCAACCCAUCCACAGACACAUAGGCUUUCUUAAUCCCCCAUAUACAUGCCCUAAUCUUGCUUCCCAUCUGGCUGUGCCUCCCUCCGUGCACCUUUCCCCCCCUCCCUCCCUCCCUCUCCAUCCAUCCUCCAAUCAUUUACAGCCUUUUUCUCUCUCCCUCUUUCUCUCUCCCCCCCUCCACGCUCCCCCCUCUCCAUAAACACACCCCCUUCGCCUAGGUCCACCUGCCUAUCAUCCAAACACAUCCCUCCUGCUAAUUCUCCCCCUUCCUUCCUCCCUUCUUUCCUUCCUCCCUCCACAUUUGGGCUGCAGGGAGCCGUGGGCAUAACCUGGGUUCCCCUCCAAAAUUUGGCAUCUUCGCCUCUGGGUCUUGGCGCGUUGCGAACAGGUGGGUUUGGGGACACGGACCGGCCUGGCAGUUUCCAAACAUGUGCGACUCUCCUCCAGGGCGGGGCAUCCCCAGCUUGCCGUCCACCAUGACGUUGCCCUCGGCGCUGGCGGGUGCCGGACCACGGCGUGGGAGCAUGCCUUUGCCCAUCAAGCACCAGCUGGUGAGGGCGUCGGCGGUGGACGAACUGGACUCUCCCCCCAGCUCCCCCGAAGUGGGAAGCACUGGGGGGGCCAGCCCCGCAGGAGGACGCGGCCCCUACAAAGUCAUGUUGCUUGGCGAGAGCGGUGUGGGGAAGACUACCUUGGCGGCCAUCUUCGGAGGCCUUAGAGGGGGCCCCCACCACGAGGAAGAGCACACAGAGGAUUCCUAUGAAAGAAAUUUCUACGUAGAUGAUGAAGAAGUCACUCUAAUAUUAUACGACAUCUGGGACCAGGGAGAUCCCGGAGGCUGGAUGCAGGAAUCCUGCCUGCAGACGGGAGACGCCUUCCUGUUGGUUUUCUCGGUGACCGAUCGCCGCAGCUUCACACGCGUCCCCCCCACCCUGCUGAGCCUACGGGCUGGGUGCCCUCGGACAGACCCCCCUAUUAUCCUGGUGGGGAACAAGAGCGACUUGGCGCGAUCCCGGGAGGUCUCACGCGAAGAGGGCCGCAGCCUAGCUGUCAUGAUGAACUGCAAGCACAUCGAGACGUCCGCGGCGCUACAUCACAACACGGAGGAGCUUUUCGAAGGCGUCGUGCGGCAGAUACGGCUGCGCCGCCGUCGGUGCGAGGGCGAUGGCUUCAGCAGGGAGGGGGCCAGGGGCCGGCGCGAGAGCCUCACCAAGAAGGCCAAACGGUUCCUCUCUAGCCUUGUGCCGAGGAAUGGACGCUUCUUCAAGCAGAGGUCAAAAUCCUGCAACGACCUUUCAGUGCUAUGAGCCCCAUGGCUCCCCAUCGCCAGCAUGCCAGAAAUCUCUGCAACAAAAGGAAACACGUAAGACUCCCCUUACCCACGACUGCAUUGAGCUCAGGAGAGCAGCCACAUUGACCCAGGGGCAGUUCCCAAACAUAGCAAGGCUCCCACAAUCCUCCUCGGCUCAGCUCUCCUCCCAUCAUCUUCAAUGCAUAACCGAACAAACUAUUUGCUCCUGUCCUCUGCAGCAGCUUGGCUCCUUGAGAGGGCUUCUCAAACAAUCAAACACACGAGUUUUACAAAAAACACACGUUUAAUAUACAGUAUGCUUUACAGGACCUGGAGACACCUGCUCUCCAAACUCACGUGCCUCUCACCUUUUCAAAUAUUGCUCGUGGCACUCUUGUGAGAUUUAUUUUCUUGUCUGCCUUUAAGGGUGUCUUGUCUUAAAGGUGCCCAACUGGUACAAAACGCUUCAGUCAAGAGACUCAGGACUUCUGUUCGGGAUUUCUGUUCCUUUCUUGUCCGUGACGCUCAGGUGCCCAUAAUCUCUCAUGGGACAAGAUUUUUUUUUCAAGGCACUAACUCUAGAUUGAAACGUUACGUCUACUGUGUAUGUAAACAAACGGCCCCUAGACUCUUUGCGCAAAGCCUUAUCCGUCGUGCUAAUUUGCUGUAUCUUAGGAGGUAUUUUUAGAGGUGCUGUUUUUUGCUGCCCUCUGCGUCCUUACAUAUACCGAAGAGGAUAUAAAAUGGUGGAAGUUUAUUUUCUCUAUAGUUGUGCGGCGCACCUCGCUUUUCAGAGGCCCUUGCUUAAAGGCACCGACUUUAGAAUGUCCCUUCCUGUAUGGUCUAGCAAACAGGAAUGCUUUGUGUUCGCUUAAAUGUUCAACUUUGAAAAGGUAGUUAAAGGCACCAGCUGGGGGAUAUUUCAAUCUCAUUGCAUCGACACAGUGGAGGAAUAGCACCUCUAAAGCUUUGUGUACCUCACUUUUAAAGAGCACAUAAGGGCACAACCCUGUGCUUAUUUCAGCCAGCUAACUGCAGCUUUGGAAAGCUUAAUUCGUUUGCUUAAUGAUGCUUCUUAUGCCAAUGCUCACCUUUUAAACAAUUGUUCUGUUUUUUUAAAAAAUUAUCAUUAAGGAAUUCAUCGAAGGAAUUGCUAUUUUAAAUACCAAACACAUAUGCUUCUCUUUUAAUAUCAUCGCCCACCUGAAGGGCAUGCUCCCCUUAAGGAGAGUCGUUGUGGAAGAUGGAUUACCAGUUAACCGCCAUAUCUAGCACAUCGUUUUAAAGAAGCCAUCGCAACAGCAGCCUUCUCAAUUCAGCUACAGAUGGAGAAUUCUCCACAUGCUUAUAACCUCCCUUUUAAGAGGCAGACUAAAGGCACAAACCUCAAAGCAUUUGUGACUGUGGGGCAGGGAUGUGUGUGUGUGUCUUCUGACUGACUUGCUGGACCUUUUGUUUCGAAGGCUACAACCAAUAAUGAAAUGGAACAAUUAAUGAUUAACCAGCUUGGAGCCUGGCUAUUUUCUUAAAGGGACAGGGAUUUUAUUCCUGGAAGAAGACUGCUUUCAGAUUCCAAAAUGACAGAUUUGAAGGAUGUAGCCU